AUGCAGCACGACAGCUCGCCGCAGGGCAGCUACGCCCAGCUGCCGCACCCGGCGCACCAGCAGCAGCCUCCCUUUCCCCCUCCUCCUCCUCAUCACGCCGCUCCUCCCCCGGGUCCUAACCCUCACCCUCAGCCGGCCUCGUACCCUGCACCGACCACCGCGGGCCCGCCAUCAGCUUCGACCUCACCGCGCACGAGCAUCGCCGGCUCGGUCGGUCCCGACGCCGCCAAACAACGCGCUGGCUCGUACGUCCCGACUCGAGUCGCCGACCCGAUCAGCACCACCGUCAAGCGCUCGGCCAAGGCGUGCCUGUACUGCCGUCGCAGCAAGGCUCGCUGCACCGGUCUCGAGAGCUGGCCCUGCCGCAGAUGCAGGGAGGGCGGCAUCGAGUGCGUCUUUGAGGGCAUCAGCACCGACGACCUGCGCAAGAAGAUGGACGACAAGCCGCCCAGCAACAGCUCGAUGUCGCCGCUCGAAGCUCGUCUCGCCCGCCUCGAGUCGGAGCUCGCCCUCAUCCGGUCGGCGGCAAGCUCGCACACGGCGCGCCUCGACCGCCUCGAGCGUCGUGAGGGCGACAGCCAAUGGAGCGAGGUCGGUGACUCGGACGGCCUCACGCCGCCCGACGGCGGCAAGAAGCGCCAUCGCCGCGACAGCGCCGAGUUCCAGGCCUUUGCCAGCAAGGCGUUCGACCUGUUCUGGGAGAUGUACGCCCCGUUGGCGCCCUACAUCGUGCCGACGACCGACCACUACGGCCAGGUCAAGGACCGCUCGCCCCUCCUCAUGCACUGCAUCAUCGCCGUCGCGUCGCGCCACUCGAACGAGACGGCCCUCGUCGAGUUUAACCGCACCGAGGCGCUGAGACUCAUGCGCGAGACGCUGUACGCCGAGCGCCCUGUCACGCUCGACGACCUCAAGGGCAGCCUCGUCUGGGGCGCAUGGCUCGGAAAAGGUGCACCGCCCGGUCACGCCGUCACGCUCGCCCUCCAGCUCGACCUACCUCGUUGCCUCGAGCGUCUCGUCGCGUCGGCGUCCGCCCCGGCCUCGGCCGCCGAGGUCUUUGAGCAGCUCAUGCCCGCCGCGCGCAUCUGGCUCACGCUCUACGCCCAGGACAUCUGGCUCUCGUUCUCGCUCAACCGCCGCCCGCUCGUCACGAUCGACGUCUCGGUCACCUCGUCGCGCCUGCUCCUCGCCUUUCCCGCCCUGCGACCCGUCGACGCCCGCCUCAUUGCCCAGUCCGAGCUCGUCACGGUGCUCGGCGUCGUCCAGGAGUCGUUCCUCAAGCUGCAGCGCCAGUCGGUCGAGCAGACUAUCCAGGUCGUGCAGCAGGCCAACAGCCACCUCGAGCAGUGGAUCGGCACGUGGGCAGGGUGGGCCGGUACGCAGGAGGAGGAGGCCGGCAGAUACGUCCUCGCGAGCUUCUCGGUCAUGCUCCAGUCGGCCCGCUUCUUCGUCAACACGCUCGGCCUGCGCGACAUCACGUCGGCCGAGGAGUUCCUCCCGAUCCACCUGCCCUUCCUGCGCACCGCCCUCGACGCCGCGGUCCGCAUCCAGGGCAUCCACCGCGCGCACAAGGUCGCUCAUUCGGCCGAGAUGACCAUGAUCUCUCUCUCGAGCGGCGCCCUCUUCCUCCUCAAGAUGAUCAAGCUCGUCCCGACGGCCUUUGCGUCCAACGACUGCCCGGCGUACCCGUCGAGCGCCUUCCCCGCCUCGUUCAGCAAGGCGCUCGCCGAGCAGCUCACGUCGGCGUCGUCGCCCGACACGUCGGCCUCGUCGCAGCAGCAGUCGUUCCCGUCGAUCAAGCAGGCCUUCGCCGCCGCGCGCCACUCGGCCGCCCUCCUCAGCUGUGCGCCCCGCUCGCAGCAGAAGCGCGCCCAGGCCGUAAAGGCCGCCGUCGAGCGCCUCGAGGCCGAGAUGACGGUCCCGCACCCGUCGCUCCUCGCGCCCCUCGCGACGGGCGCCGCCGCCGCAGCAGCAGCUGCCGCCUCGGGUGCCGCCAAGCGUCCGCGCGAGGACGACGCGCUGAGCUCGCCGGCGCGACCGAGCCCUCGCGGUGCGCCGCCGCACGCCCCGUCGCCGUACUGGUCGCUCGGGCUCGGGUUCUCGCCCGGCGGGACGGUCGGCACAGGCGAGACGGCGACGCCGCCGGCGGGGUUCUGGGCGACCGAUUCGGGCGACGUGCUCGCUGUCGCGGCGAGGAACGGCGAGGCGAACGGUGGCGGCGGCGGCGGCGGCGGCGAGGGCGCGGCGGCGCAGGCGGGCGCGAGUGGGCCGGCAGAGCUCGACGAGCUCACGAUCGAGUCGCUCAUCGGUACCGAUUCGUUCUGGAACUGGAGCUCGGCGUUGCCGGCCGCGCAGGACAUUCACGCGCUCGUCUCGUAGUGCAGCUUUUCGUGUGCUGUACAGCGUGUCCUCGAUCGUCA